CUAACAAAUCCUGUACUUGCACAUGGGACUUUCCCCCAAUCUGAACCGUCGAUAUCAUUGCAGUAAAACCGCUCGAAAUUUUCACUACACACUUCUCAUUUCUGCCGCACCAAAAUCUCAAUUUUCAGACUGCAGAAAUUCACCAUCGCAACAGGAGGUAUGGUUUUAGGGUUCUUAAUUGUAUCUCCGAGCCCCCCAUUAAGUAUUUGCUUACGACAAAGGAUAAGUUAUGAAAUCUAAAAGAAAAGGCAAAAAUAUAGACCAACCAAAUGCUGAAAUAAAGAAGUCGAAGGUUUCAGUAGUCGGUGAACAGAAGGCUAUUGUUCCUUCAUCUCUUGCUGACCAUGUUGAUGGUGAUCCCACUACUGAACUUCAAAGAAGUAUAAAUAGAGCUGCUACAGGGGUUCCAGAGGAGAAAAAUGAAAAAGAAAAGCACCUCUCUGGGUUCAUAUUCAUGUGCAAUCGGAAUACGAAGUUAGAAUGUUACCGAUACCGCGUGUUUGGACUUCCUUUGGGGAAGAAGGAAGUGGUGGAGGAGAUAAAGCCUGGAGCAAAGCUAUUUUUGUUUGAUUUUGAGUUAAAGCUUCUGUAUGGAAUAUAUGAGGCGACCACCACUGGAAAGCUGAACUUGGAGCCUGCUGCUUUUAUGGGGAGAUUUCCUGCUCAGGUGGAAAAUUUGUCAUCCUCACUUCGUCCUCUUGACGCAUUAUCAUUAUCUCGGCCUUUACCGCUUGUUCAAGCCAAUGCCUCACUAUCUCAGGCAAUGCCAACGGGACCUCUAUCUAUGCAUGCAGGGAGGAUGUCUGCAAAAGAUGUGCCAUAUGUAGCUGAUACGCAUCAUCUACGCAUUCCGCCAUCCAUGGGGCCUCGAUAUGACCCAAAAGCAAACAUUUUGGCAUAUGGGCACUCUGGGGCAUCGGGUCAGGUGGAACAUGUUAAUCCAACUUUAGAUCUUCAAAAUUUGGCAAGACUAUGUAAUUAUUAUGUAAAUGUUGCCAAGUCUCAACAACCAGCUGUACCUGAACGUGUUGCUAAUGGGGCUCGGGAGACAUCCUAUUCUAGUUACAGGACCCCAGAAGAGAGACCUAUUCAUGAUCAGAUCAGCAGCUUGGAAAUGCGCUACAGGGCCCAACAAGAGAUUCCUCCUCAUAAUCAGGUCACCAGCUUGGAAAUGCGGUAUCUUCCUACAAAACUUGUUCCCUUUUGUUUUUAUAACUUACCCUUAUUCUUCGUACUUCUUUCCCUGUUGAUCAAUGUGAGGCAUUCGCUGAAUUUCAAGUACUGCUUUUACAGUUACAGGACCACAGAAGAGAGGCCUCCUGGUGAUCAGGCCACAAGCUUGGAAACGCGUCACCCAACUGUAGACGGGACAGAUCCUCACAAACAGUACUAUCACCCGCCCAUGCAGGGAGACCCAUCAGCAGUAUAUCAAGAAAACUUGGCUUCAUAUAACCCAACUGCUCCAUCUCUCUACACCUCGACUUCAUCAGCCGUGCAGCCACAAGUAAUACCCUCCCCAUAUCAGCCUUUACCUUUGCAGGCAGCCCCACAGUACCAAGAUAGUGCAGUUGCGUACAAUCCCAACCCACCGGCUCAGCCGACUCAAUACACUGCACCGCCAGUCAUAUACGCAGAUAGUUAUUAUGCGCCAUCAACGAGCACACAGCCACAGGCAUUGUGGGGCCAAGAAAGUGCAGCUGCGUACAAUACAAACCCAUCGGCUCAGUCGACUCAGUACAGAGCGCCACCUGUCAUGUAUGCAGAUAGCUAUUAUGCGGCUGCAUAUGCUCAAUCGACACAGCCACAACAGGUUGGGGUAUCGCAAGUUGGUGCACCCAUCAACUACUCGUAUUACCCUUACGGUACGACUGGUUAACAACUAACUAACUAACUUUUUGAUAGUUUAUUGAGUGUUGAACAUGAAGUAGAUGAAUCUUGGAUUUGGUAUAUUUGGGUAAUUGGGUCUUGUGAUGAUCUUAUUAUGUUGGAUGGAUUUGGUUGCAUGUUUUGAAUUUGUACACUUGGUGGUGGUGACUGGUGAGUGAUUAUUGUUGUUAUUGGGUUAGGGGGCUCCUGGUUCCAUUAGUGGUGCUUUUGUGUGCUAUGUGUUGUUAAUGCAAGAAAACAUGAAAAGUUUAAGUAAAAGAAAUCUCCCUAGCCCGUUGUGCAUUUUAAUAUUCGAUAUGAUGAAUUAACUCAGCUGGC